AUAGCGUUAUAUAUAACAUUGAAAUAAUCACACAAUCAUACAGCGAUUUUAACAAAAUGAUUGAUGAAUUUACUGCCUCUCAAAAAACAUUAUAUGAAAUGCUCCCUGGAGAGGAGAGGGAUGUGGAUCACACAAACUGGUACCUACUCAAGGCUGCUCAGUUCCAUGAAUUUCAAACAGCAGUAAACAAAUGGCUACAAAAGGUAAAAAAUAUUGGACAGUGGGUACAACAGACUACAGAAUAUCCCUCUAAACAGCAACAAUACACAAAAAAUUUGAAGUAAACAACAGUAACAAACAGAGCCCAAAAGGGAAAGUCCUGAUUCUUUUGUGUCAGUGGGGAUGAUGAGUAAAUUGGAGCUGGAUACCAAAAUGAGCAAAAGCAGCAGCCGCUCAUCAACUUCCUCCUCCGCCAGGCGCAACGCUGAAGCAGAGAAAGCUGCACUUUUAGUACAGGCUGAAGGUUUGAGGAAAGCACAAGCUCUCGAAAGAGAAGAAGCUAAAUUAGUAAAAUUAAAUGCUAAAUUAAAGGCUAAAAGAGAGAUGUUGGCUAUCGAAACACAACUUGCUGCUGCAGAAGCAAAACUCAAAACUUAUGAACUCAUGAGCGUGAGUGAAGGAAGCAACAAAUCAAGGCAUCGGAAAGACACAGAAUCCCACGAUGAUGAUUAUGAUAAAUUCAAUAAUGGGCUUGAUGAUGUUGAAGACUAUGACCGGCAUAUUAAGAAUGAGCGUGAUGAUGAUGAUGACGAUGGUGAAUAUGGUAUGGAUAAUGAAGAAGAUGAUGAGGAGGAGGAGCAGAGUGAAAAUAUCGUUGGUCGUCCACCACCUGCUACUUACUUUGGAAGGACCAGUCCUCAAGCACUGUUGCACAAGCCUGACAGAAUAAAAUCGCCCACACAAGGCAAACUCAUGGCAGCCACACCCAUCAAUUCCAGGAUCACCUCGAAACCAACUGAUUCAACUGCCAAAAUGUUGAAAAUAAUGAGAAAACAAAAUGAAAUAACAGAAAUGCUAAUAAAGGAGCAAAGACUUUCCACUAUACCUGCAAAAGAGCUUACAAUCUUGAAUGGAGACCCGCUGCAAUAUCACACUUUUAUACGUACUUUCGAGCAUUGUAUUGAAAGCAAAACGGUCAGUGCUCGUGAUUUAUUAUUGUUUUUAGACCAGUACACUGAUGGACAACCCAGAGUGCUCGUACAAAGUUGCAUCCAUAUGCCACCAGCACAAGGGUACACCAAAGCAAAGAAGCUAUUACAUAGACACUAUGGUAGUGAUAUUCUCAUUGCAUCAGCCUACCAAAGAAAGGUUUUGAAUUGGCAGAUGCUUAAAUCAGAGGACCGCGUGGCACUGUGGGAAUAUGGUUUAUUCCUACGCAGUUGUGCUAACGCCAUGGCGGAUGUAAAAGCCCUCGACGACUUAAACACCACCACUCAUCUAAGAACCAUUGUUUCUAAACUCCCCUUUAGGUUGAGAGAAAAAUGGAGAGUUGUAGCCUUCGAGUACCAAGAGCGCACCAAAGUAAGAGCCAAGUUCAAGCAACUUGUCAACUUUAUUGAAAGACGGGCAAGAAUGGCAUGUGACCCAGCGUUUGGGAACAUCCAAGACACUGCUGUAUCAAAACCAAAGGACAAAAGGAAAAGUUUGGCUCCUAAAAUAAAAUCUGGGUAAACAGCAUACAAGAGCAGCUUUUCCACCGUGGCAGCAGAAGAGUCAUCUCAAGGUCAAGCACCAAUCACAGCUACCAACAAAUCCUGUCUGUACUGUAAAAGGAACCAUGCAACUGAAGACUGCAAAGAACUGAGCAAAAAAAGACGAGAAGAGAAGGUUGAAUUUUUCAAAACAAAUGGAAUCUGUUUUGGCUGCAUAACCAAGGGUCACCGUAGCAAAGACUGCAGAAAAAGACUCACCUGCAAAAUCUGCACAUUGAAGCACCCUACUAUGCUACACUUUAAAAGGCCAAAGCCGGAUGAUAAGCAAGAGCCACCAACUACAGACAACCCACCAACAAUAGCUAGUGCUUUUGUGUCUUUAGAGAAGCACCUUCAAACCGGGGCCGGUGGUACUCAAACAUUGGCCAUCGUUCCCGUACAAGUGAAAAUGUCAAAUGGCAACAAGUGUAUCAAAAUGUAUGCUUUUCUGGAUCCAGGUGGCACAGCAACAUUUUGCACAACAGCCCUGCAAAGACUGAAUGCUAACGGAAGGAAAUCAAGAAUUCUACUGAAAACACUUGGGCAAGAAUGACAAAUGUGGAAAAAAUAUUAGGCCUCGAAGUUUCCAAUCUGGAAGGAAAUGAUUUCAUAAGGUUGCCAGCAGUAUACACCCAAGAAAAGAUACCUGUAACAAAUUAGCAAAUUCCAAAAUUAGAAUCACUGAAUGGAUGGGAUUACCUAAAGGAGGUGAAAUUCACCCAUAUCGACUCGCAAGGUGACCUUUUAAUUGGAACAAAUGCCCCCCAAACCAUGGAACCGUGGAAGGUUAUCAACAGCAGAGACGAGACAAUGGACCAUAUGCUGUUAAGACCAGGUUAGGAUGGGUGGUUAAUGGACUUAUGAAUACCUGCAAUGGCACAGAUGAACAGGUACAUAGUCAUCAUCAGUGUUGUUAAUAACGGCGUUACAAUAUAACGGCGUUACUAACGGCGUUAUUUUUUUCAGUAGUGGGUAAUCUAAUUAAUUACUUUUCUCAUCUUGGCAACGCCGUUACCGUUACUGAGGACGGAAAGGCAUGCGUUACUAUGCGUUACUAUAUUGGUCGAAAAGUCUGAGGGAGACGGACUCACCGAGACGACAGAGCAGAGCAGGAGUAGGGAGGAGGCAAGAAGGUUGUGACGCCGAGCAAACGCGAUGCUAGGUAGCUCCAAUAAUACAUGUUGUAGCUGAUAGCUAGUACAAACUACGCCCGCAUGUUAUGGUAGAUAUGGAAGACAUGGUAGAUCUCACAUGUACUGUACAUAGAUAUAACUAGAUGCAAAAUGACAGACAUGGUACUAAAUGAGUUAGUAGACAGCCGCCAUCUUAAAGCAGUAGACUUUUUAGGACGGCUCUGUUGUAGAGAACCUUCCUAGCGAACCUAAGUAACUUUUUAUCUAAAAUACUUCUAAAUCGGCAAAAUCUUGACUUGAAUCUAUCUUUAAAUGAUGAAACAGUUUUAAAAUUUUCAUAUGUCGAAAGUAGAGCGAAGGGAACUAAUGCAAUAAUGGGAGCAAUUUUAACAACUUUUAACAGUUGAUUCAGGGUAAAGGGUAAAUUAGGGUAAAGAAUUGGGCUCGGGCCAAUUGUACCAAAAACCUUCACAAAAAACUUCACAUCGUGUGGCCAAUGUUUUUUUUUUUUUUUUUUUUUGAGGGGAAAAAAAAAAAAAAAGUAAUUAUCACCAAUUACUUUGCCAAGUAACUAAUUACUCUUACAUUCAGGUAAUUGAGUUACUAACGCAAUUACUUUUUGGGAGAAGUAAUUUGUAACUAUAAUUAAUUACUUAAUUAAUUACUACUUACAUCAUAUUUCAGUAGUAAAUUUGGAUGAUCUUGUGGAACCCAUAUGAAGAAGGUGCAAAUAGUAAAAACGGAAUUGACAAAAAGGAAAACAAAAAGCCGAUUGACAGAAAAGAGGCAACUAAGAACGGGGAAAGGUCACAUCAAACUACCAGCCUUGGUGACAAGAGAGUGGGAAAAAGAGCCAUGAAAGCAAAAAAAAGACACCCAUUUUACAAAUAGUUCUCACGUUACAGAUGCCAGACAAAAUCAAUGAAAAGGAAUCAUAAAGAUCAAAAAGAAAAGAGAACGUAAGAAGACAGAAUUUAAAGAUAAGGUGAGACAAAUUGAAAAUAUUACAAUGGAGGCAAAAAUAAAGAUAACCCCACAAAUAAAGAACGAAAAGAAGAAAAUACCUGUUGUGAGUGAAGAGAAUGAGAACAUGAAACACAAGACAAUAAUGAAAAGAGAUGUAGCCAAAGAGGAUGAAUCGACGAUAACAAAAAAGAAAACCGUGAAACGAGCUAAGAAUAAAGUACCCGCGGCAGCACCAGAUGGAAAGAGGCAGAUGAAAGUGAAGCCGAAGAAGAAUAAAAGGAAACCUUCACCUGACAAUAGAGAAGCUGAAAAGAUGGAAGAGACAUCUCCAAAGGGAGAGGUUGUUGAAGAGAAAUAUGAGAAAAAAGGCCAAGAAGAGGAUGUCCUCCAACUUCGGGGCAGAAGAAAAAACUGAAGCGAUUAAGAAGAAAAAACAGGUUAAAACGCCAUAAAUGGAACAAAAAUAGCAGAAACUUUGUUGAAGGAGAUGUCGUUUUUAUUGCUGAUGCCAACUCUACAAGAGGAUCUUGGGUCAUUGUCAGAGUGGUGAAUACAAACCCUGACCCAAGAGGAAUUAUGACAAGUAUGAAACUUCAGAUGCUGACCAAUCUUAUUGAGAGACCAAUAAGUAAAAUUUGUUAGCUGGUUCCAGCCAGCCAGUAAAGACCUGUUUGAUGCACUCAUGAAAGUGCAAUGGAUCAUUUUGUGUAUUUGUUGUUUUCUUUGAAUGCUCCAACUUUGAGUAUUAUUAUUUUCGCUUUGCCCAUCAUAAUAGGGGCCGGUGUGUUGGAGCAGUUUUUGUGUUGAGUGACGUAAUGUGGCAGUGCUGCCAAUAUGGGUGACGACGUCAACACUAUGCGCGUAGAAAUCAAUGACUUACUCCGCGCAGGUGUGGAACGCUGGCGGAUAUACUAGUUUUUCAACCGCAUGCAAACGCACGUGUAUGUUAUAGAUGACCGCAGAGUUGCGAGUUUAUUGUUUUGUUUGUUUGAAAGUUUGAAGACGCAAAGUUUGCAUUUUUUGUUUAUUUGACCACACGACAUGACUUUGGACUGAAUGACCACGAUUAGCUUGACUAUACUCAUUGACAAUUUGACACCUUGGAUUACUAUCUGUUAGGAACGGCGAGCCAUUAAAUAUGGAUCCAAACACAGAUGUUGAAGUUUGUUGUAUUUAUUACAAAACGAGAACUAAGGGAGAACGCCAGAACACGUGAGACGCUAGAUUGGAGCCCUGACCUCCCCCCACUCCCGCGGCCGGCAGCCCAGGCAGAGGGUAGGCCACGCCCCAGGAGCCACGCCAUAGGGAAAAAGUGUGGGACCCGCCCACCACCCUAUUACUGUGGCCGCCAGGUUCCCGGCUGGCAGCCAUUAUCCAGCACCGUGAUGGGAUUCUGAGGGGAGGGUAGUGCAAUGUAUGCAUUAAAAUAGGAGAGCUUGGCUUGGCUUUAAUCCUUUAAAUAGCACUCAUAUAACUAAUCGGCUGCCAUUGACAGUGCUAGACAUCCAAUCCAUUUUGACCGAGAGGUCAACGGCCGUCAAAAUGAACUGGACAUGUAGCGCUGUCAAUCGCACUGAAAGAUGAACAUUUACAGCUAGUCCUUCCAGUACAAAUAAAUUGAACAUAUGUCAUUGUCAAUGGCAGGCAGUGAGUUAAAUAUUAAGAAAUAAAUAAAAGUUUUUUUUUUUUUUUUUUUUUUUUUAAUACUCCACAGUGGUAUGAAAAAGUAUCUGAACCUUUUGGAAUUUCUCACAUUUCUGCAUAAAAUCACGAUCAAAUGCGAUCUGAUCUUUGUCAAAAUCAACCAGAGGAAAAAAGUGUCUGCUUUAACUAAAACAACCCAAACAUUUAUAGGUCUUCAUAUUUUAAUGAAGAUAGCAUGCAAAUGAUGACAGAAGCUGGAAAAAUAAGUCGGUGAACCCUCUGCCUAAGGAGACUUAAAGAGCAAUUAAAACCAAUUUUUACCAAAUAUUUUAAGUAAGUUGUGUGACCAAUUACUGAUGAGUGGUUUAAAGUUAACCUGCCCACUAUGACACACACACCUGGUAAGAAAUGUCUUGAAGCAUUGUCUGAUGUGCACCAUGUGCUUGGUCAAAAGAGCUGUCUGAAGGAUUGUUGAUUUGUACAAAGGUGGGAAAGAAAACAAAACCACGUCUAAAAGUCUGGAUGAUCAUCAAUUGACAGUCAGAAAAGUUGUCUACGAAUGGAGUUUGGCACUGUUGCUUCUCUCCCAAGGAGUGGCCGUCCACCAAAGAUGAUGCCAAGAGUUCAGCGCAGAAUACUCAGAGAUUAAAAAAAAAAAUAAAAAAAGAACCCUAGAGUGUGUGCCAAAGACUUACAGAAAUCACUGGCACAGUCUGAUAUCUCUGUGCACACAUCAACUAUAUGUAAAACUAUAGCCAAGAAUUGUGUUCAUGGGAGGACUCCACAGAGGAAGCCACUGCUGUCUAAAAAGACAUUGUUGCUCGUUUAAUGUUCGCAAAAAGGCACUUGGACACUCCACAGAAGUUUUGGCAAAAAUAUUUUGUGGACUGAUGAAACCAAAGUUGAAUUGUUUGGGAGUAACAAACAACAAAAUGGAACAGCUCACCAACAUCAACACCUCAUCCCCACCGUGAAGUAUGGUGGAGGGAGCAUCAUGAUUUGCUGUUUUGCUUCCUCAGGGCCUGGACAUCUUGCAAUCAUUAAUGGAAGAAUGAAUUCAAAAGCUUAUCAGGAUGUUUUGCAGGAAAAUCUGAGGCCGUCUGUCAGACAGUUGAAGCUAAAAAGAGAAUGGAUGCUGCAACAAGACAAUGAUCCCAAAACACAGAAGUAAAUCCGGAAUGGUUUCAGAAGAACAAAAUACACUUUGAAGGAAAGUGAUAUUUAAUAAAGGGUAUUGACAUUUCAAAAGAAGCUUCUUUUAUUUCUUUUCACCAAUCGGAUAACAUUCUGUCUCGUUUUGGUUUAAGUAAUGUUGAACUUAAAAUUUUUUGCCUUUUUUGCCACUCCAGUGAUCGCUGUCGUCCGAGACAUGUUCUCAUCCUCCACACAGACUGCUGAAGCCCCCUGACUUCUAACCUCCGAUGGAUCCCAGUUCUCACCUCGACUAAUGCAUAAAUGCAGCAGCAACCACGAGCAAGACCCAGAGAGGCCACACCCCAAAGAGGAAGCUACAGACCUCCAUGAGCAGAGGAGGACGUGGCCUGGCACCCUGGCACUAACUACAGCAGCAGUCUCCACAACAAC